CUAGACACAGCAAAAUACUCUUCAGACUUUGAUCAGAACUGCAGGAGACACUUAACACACUGGAGGCACUCUGGGUGUGUAAAGACAGUCACAAGUUUUCCUGUCAGCAAAGAGUGGAUACACAGGACAGGUUGUGAUGGCAGUGGCACAUGGGCCAUUCUUGGCUGCUGUGCUGCUUCUUGUCUCCUUGGGGCUCCAUUGCUCCUCUCCCCUACCUGCCUGUCCAGAGUCCUGCACCUGUCAGGGAGCUCCCCUGUUGAACUGUUCCUCCUCUGGCCUUUCCUUGGUGCCGCAACACAUCCAAGACUCUGUCACUGAGCUAGACUUGUCUCAUAACCUCCUUGACUCUGUAAAACUCAACCGACCACAUCAAAACCUCAGGAAUGUAUGGCUGGGAAACAACAGUAUCACACACUUGUCUCUCUGCAUAGAGAGAAACCUGGGAAACCAUUAUGUCAGAGGUAGACAUCGCUUGAGACCUUGGGGCAGACAGGGAUGCGUAUCUUGGGCCCCCACCCUGCACCUGCUAUCUGUUGAGUGGAAUCAGCUAGAGCAACUCCCAGAGGGGCUGGAAGGUAGUGAGUCCUUACAGGUUCUGCAGCUCUCCUUCAACAAGAUCUCAACUCUACAACCAGGAGACCUUAGCCACCUUCGACAGCUAAAAGAGCUACACUUACAACAUAACCUCAUCACAAGUCUCCAUCCACAGAUGUUCCAGGAUUUAGCCCAGCUUCGGGUCCUUGAUCUGAGUUUCAACAUGCUGACCAGCCUCCAUCCUUUGAUGUACCUUUCUCUGCGUAACAUUGGGGUGGAUGUUAGGCUGAGUGGGAACAGGUGGCAGUGCAAUUGCAGUAUGCGCAGUCUAAGAAGGCGGAUGGCCUAUGACAGCAGCAGAGGCCUGAAGGCCUGGAGCGUGGUGUGUGCUUCCCCCUCCAUCCUCUCAGGCAGAGACCUGCUACAGUUGGGGGAGGAUGACCUUAACUGUUUUAGUACUGAAAACAGGCCAGAGCUCCACCAAGAUGUGACGGUCUAUAGUGGCUCUCAGAUACUGCUGUCUUGCUCUACACAAGAUUCAAUGUGGUGGACACCCAGUGGUCAAGCAUCUGUGAGCCAACCUCAGGCUGGUCUGCUCAUCAGUGACAUCACAGAGAGAGACACAGGACUAUAUGUGUGUAUGUCUGAAGAACACGAAGUUGUGUCUGUUUUUAACCUCCAAAUCAGUAAAAUAGGAGGUGCAAGAAGAAAAACUAGAAGUUUACCCAGAACCAGCCGACAAAUAAUCCCACAAGGCACCCCAAAUAGGAUAGGUCAAGAAAGGAAUCAGAGAGCUACCCAGUCUAACUUGACUCUGGCUGUGUGUCUGUCUGUUUUAAUCACGUUUCUGAUAGCCUUUAUCCUAGGAGUCCUAGCAAGACCUUGUAUAGAUGAUCUUUGGAGAAGGGUCACCAACAGGAAAAGUUCCUCUGCAACCAACUCUGUCUCAUCUGUAGAACAAAGACAAUAUGACAAUGAGGCCUACUCCAAUGGUGAGGAACCAGAGAUAGGAACUCACAGGGAAAGGAGAGUCACAUUUAGCACUGUAGACUAUAGAGAAGACAGCAAUGUACAAUAUUAUGAUACCGUAGCCAGUGGCGAUCAGGAAAGCAUUAAUAAUGAUGCAGUGAUUGAAUGUGAAGCAGCUGAGGCUGAGAGCGAUACACAUACAGCUGGAGAUUCGGGAAGUGAAAACAGCUUACAACAGAGUAGUCCAGAGGAUAACCAGAAAGAUGGCAGAGACCUCUCAGGCGUCAGUGAUGCAGGCCGCACACACAACAUAGAGUUUGAACACAUCACAGACCCUGUUGAGCUGGAGGAGAGGAGAAGCUUGUCUUCAUGCUCAGAUUCUUUAUUAUCGGACAAAGUAUUUAAUGAGGAUCAAAUGACCCAGCGAGACUGCACAACACCCAAGUCUCCACAGCUGGCAGACGACUCUGUUCAGCAGAGAGCGGAUUUCUCGACAGUUAGAAAAGUAGAGGUGCCACAAAUUUCCAUAGAGGGCAGUAGUGGAAUUCCUGUAGUUUCUUCUGAGCCCUUUGCAGAUUGGUCACCACAUAUAAAUGACACCAACCUAGAAGACCCUGAUCUGUGGCAGGAGAAUGGAGAACAAUUUGAAUUUAGCGAUUCUGUUCGAAGCACGUCUGCAAGGUCCAGCAGUGUUUCUGGUUCUUUUAAUGAUUCAAAACUGAUCGUGGCACCCACUUCAGAUAAACAGAAGAGGGAGGAUAUGUCCAGCUCCAGCUCAUAUGUCAGUGGGGAUGAGCCUACACAAUACACUGUGAAUUCAGACCAAGAGGAGGAGGAGGAUAUAGAAAGGAACCACAAUAAACCUGAGGUCACUAAUGCGUGCCUUAAACAGGAUGCUAGUAUUGAACAGCAUAUUCAUGGUGUAGACUCUGUCAGGCCUUUAGUGGGAUUUAAUAAGGGUGAGUACAGAUAUGACACACCAAGGCCUGCAGUGAGACCAGAGCAGUCCUUUUCCUCUCAUUCCAGUGACAGUGAUGGGGAGGACUACACAAUCAAACAAGAACCACAUAAAGGAGAUGGGAAGGACAAGUCCAUUUGUGUAUCUGAAAAGCCAAGCAGUAGGAUAGUUACAGGAGAGUGGGAUACCAGGGAGAAAGUUAAACCCAUGCCACGGACAAAGUGGCGUGUAACCAGUUUGGGUGUUACCAGUCACAGUAAAAGUCUGGAUACCGGAGCACCUUCGCCACCUGCAGCUUAUUCAUCCUCUUCAAGCAGUGAAAGUGAAGCAGAAAUCACAGACCUAAAAGUGGAACACAAUACAGGUAGAGUGAAUGAGGGGAUCAAAAUCAAUGAGCCAGAAACACUGUCAACUGACCUAAAUCGCCAAUGUAUCCCCCAAAUCAAGAGGCGUUUGGAUAUCAGAGCCCCAUCACCACCUACUGAUUCAUCUUCUAGUGGUGAGAGUGCAGAUGAAACAAUGGACCACAUAGAGAAGCAAGGAGAGAUGCAUGUGACAAGGCUUCAGUUUCAAGAAUCUCAAACAGUAAAUCAUGAUUCAGACACACAGUGGCCUGCUCUAGAUCUUCAGCAUACUAUGCGUAUCAAGAGGCGUUUGGAUAUCAAAGCACCAUCAGCUGACUCUGAUUCAUCUUCAACUAGUGAGAUAGUGGAAGAAAAAAUAGCCCAAAUAAAGAAACAUGAACAAGGGGAGGUACAUGUUUCAAGACUUCCAUUUCAAGAAUCUCAAGCAGGAAGUCAUGAUCCCGAAACACGGUGGCCUUCCCUAGAUCUUGAGCAUAUUCCUCGCAUCAAGAGGCGUUUGGAUAUCAAAGCACCAUCACCACCUCCUGAUUUAUUUUCUAGUAGUGACAGUGAGGAUGAAACAACAAGCCACAUAAAGAAACAGAAGAAAGGGCAGACACACAUUGCAAGGCUUCCAAUUAAAGUUUCUCAAACUGUAAGUCAUGACCCAAAAACACAGUGGCCUGCCCUUUAUCUUGAGCAUACUACACGUAUCAAGAGGCGUCUAGAUAUCAAAGCACCACCACCUGAGUCUGAUUCAUCUUCUAGUAGUGAUAGUGAGGAUGAAACAACAAACCACACAGAGAGGCCAGGUAAGGUGGACAUUGUAGAGCUUGCAUUUCAAAAAUCUCAAACUGUAAGUCAUGACCCACAAACACAGUGGCCUGCCCUCGACCUUGAGCAUAUUCCUCACAUUAAAAGACGUCUCGAUAUCAAAGCACCAUCACCACCUCCUGAUUCAGCUUCGAAUAGUGAGAUAGUGGAAGAAAAAAUUGCCCAAAUAAAGAAACGUGAACAAGGGGAGGUACAUGUUUCAAGACUUCCAUUUCAAGAAUCUCAAGCAGGAAGUCAUGAUCCAGAAACACGGUGGCCUGCCCUAGAUCUUCACCAUACUAUGCGCAUCAAGAGGCGUUUGGAUAUCAAAGCACCAUCAGCUGACUCUGAUUCAUUUUCUAGUAGUGACAGUGAGGAUGAAACAACAAGCCACAUAAAGAAACAGAAGAAAGGGCAGACACACAUUGCAAGGCUUCCAAUUAAAGUUUCUCAAACUGUAAGUCAUGACCCAAAAACACAGCGGCCUGCCCUUUAUCUUGAGCAUACUACACGUAUCAAGAGGCGUCUAGAUAUCAAAGCACCACCACCUGAGUCUGAUUCAUCUUCUAGUAGUGAUAGUGAGGAUGAAACAACAAACCACACAGAGAGGCCAGGUAAGGUGGACAUUGUAGAGCUUGCAUUUCAAAAAUCUCAAACUGUAAGUCAUGACCCACAAACACAGUGGCCUGCCCUCGACCUUGAGCAUAUUCCUCACAUUAAAAGACGUCUCGAUAUCAAAGCACCAUCACCACCUCCUGAUUCAGCUUCGAAUAGUGAGAUAGUGGAAGAAAAAAUUGCCCAAAUAAAGAAACGUGAACAAGGGGAGGUACAUGUUUCAAGACUUCCAUUUCAAGAAUCUCAAGCAGGAAGUCAUGAUCCAGAAACACGGUGGCCUGCCCUAGAUCUUCACCAUACUAUGCGCAUCAAGAGGCGUUUGGAUAUCAAAGCACCAUCAGCUGACUCUGAUUCAUUUUCUAGUAGUGACAGUGAGGAUGAAACAACAGGCCACAUAGAGAAGCAGAGGCCAGGGAAGGUGGACAUUGCAGGACUUCCAUUUCAAGAAUCUCAAACAGAAAGUCAUGAUCCAGGUACAAGGUGGCCUGCCCUUGAUCUUGAGCAUAUUCCUCGCAUCAAGAGGCGUCUAGACAUCAAAGCACCAUCACCACCUCCUGAUUCAUCUUCAAGUAGUGACAAUGAGGAUGAAACAACAAAUCCCAUAAAGAAACAGGAGAAAGGGCAGACACACAUGGCAAGGCUUCCAAUUAAAGCAUCUCAAACUGUAAGUCAUGACCCACAAACACAGUGGCCUGCCCUCGACCUUGAGCAUAUUCCUCGCAUUAAAAGACGUCUUGAUAUCAAAGCACCAUCACCACCUUCUGAUUCAGCUUCGAAUAGUGAGAUAGUGGAAGAACAAAUUGCCCAAAUAAAGAAACGUGAACAAGGGGAGGUACAUGUUUCAAGACUUCCAUUUCAAGAAUCUCAAGCAGGAAGUCAUGAACCAGAAACACGGUGGCCUGCCCUAGAUCUUCACCAUACUAUGCGCAUCAAGAGGCGUUUGGAUAUCAAAGCACCAUCAGCUGACUCUGAUUCAUUUUCUAGUAGUGACAGUGAGGAUGAAACAACAGGCCACAUAGAGAAGCAGAGGCCAGGGAAGGUGGACAUUGCAGGACUUCCAUUUCAAGAAUCUCAAACAGAAAGUCAUGAUCCAGACACAAGGUGGCCUGCCCUUGAUCUUGAGCAUAUUCCUCGCAUCAAGAGGCGUCUAGACAUCAAAGCACCAUCACCACCUCCUGAUUCAUCUUCAAGUAGUGACAAUGAGGAUGAAACAACAAAUCCCAUAAAGAAACAGGAGAAAGGGCAGACACACAUGGCAAGGCUUCCAAUUAAAGCAUCUCAAACUGUAAGUCAUGACCCACAAACACAGUGGCCUGCCCUCGACCUUGAGCAUAUUCCUCACAUUAAAAGACGUCUUGAUAUCAAAGCACCAUCACCACCUUCUGAUUCAGCUUCGAAUAGUGAGAUAGUGGAAGAAAAAAUUGCCCAAAUAAAGAAACGUGAACAAGGGGAGGUACAUGUUUCAAGACUUCCAUUUCAAGAAUCUCAAGCAGGAAGUCAUGAUCCAGAAACACGGUGGCCUGCCCUAGAUCUUCACCAUACUAUGCGCAUCAAGAGGCGUUUGGAUAUCAAAGCACCAUCAGCUGACUCUGAUUCAUUUUCUAGUAGUGACAGUGAGGAUGAAACAACAGGCCACAUAGAGAAGCAGAGGCCAGGGAAGGUGGACAUUGCAGGACUUCCAUUUCAAGAAUCUCAAACAGAAAGUCAUGAUCCAGGUACAAGGUGGCCUGCCCUUGAUCUUGAGCAUAUUCCUCGCAUCAAGAGGCGUCUAGACAUCAAAGCACCAUCACCACCUCCUGAUUCAUCUUCAAGUAGUGACAAUGAGGAUGAAACAACAAAUCCCAUAAAGAAACAGGAGAAAGGGCAGACACACAUGGCAAGGCUUCCAAUUAAAGCAUCUCAAACUGUAAGUCAUGACCCACAAACACAGUGGCCUGCCCUCGACCUUGAGCAUAUUCCUCGCAUUAAAAGACGUCUUGAUAUCAAAGCACCAUCACCACCUCCUGAUUCAGCUUCGAAUAGUGAGAUAGUGGAAGAAAAAAUUGCCCAAAUAAAGAAACGUGAACAAGGGGAGGUACAUGUUUCAAGACUUCCAUUUCAAGAAUCUCAAGCAGGAAGUCAUGAUCCAGAAACACGGUGGCCUGCCCUAGAUCUUCACCAUACUAUGCGCAUCAAGAGGCGUUUGGAUAUCAAAGCACCAUCAGCUGACUCUGAUUCAUUUUCUAGUAGUGACAGUGAGGAUGAAACAACAGGCCACAUAGAGAAGCAGAGGCCAGGGAAGGUGGACAUUGCAGGACUUCCAUUUCAAGAAUCUCAAACAGAAAGUCAUGAUCCAGACACAAGGUGGCCUGCCCUUGAUCUUGAGCAUAUUCCUCGCAUCAAGAGGCGUCUAGACAUCAAAGCACCAUCACCACCUCCUGAUUCAUCUUCAAGUAGUGACAAUGAGGAUGAAACAACAAAUCCCAUAAAGAAACAGGAGAAAGGGCAGACACACAUGGCAAGGCUUCCAAUUAAAGCAUCUCAAACUGUAAGUCAUGACCCACAAACACAGUGGCCUGCCCUCGACCUUGAGCAUAUUCCUCGCAUUAAAAGACGUCUUGAUAUCAAAGCACCAUCACCACCUCCUGAUUCAGCUUCGAAUAGUGAGAUAGUGGAAGAAAAAAUUGCCCAAAUAAAGAAACGUGAACAAGGGGAGGUACAUGUUUCAAGACUUCCAUUUCAAGAAUCUCAUGCAGGAAGUCAUGAUCCAGAAACACUGUGGCCUGCCCUAGAUCUUCAGCAUACUACGCGCAUCAAGAGGCAUUUGGAUAUCAAAGCACCAUCAGCUGACUCUGAUUCAUUUUCUAGUAGUGACAGUGAGGAUGAAACAACAAACCACAUUAGGUCUCCAAAGACCCGAGUGAUAAACAUUUCUCGCAGUCCAAAGACAGACCACAAUAUCAAAUUAGAAAAGUAUACAGUUAUUACAGAUGUGGGGGACAAAACAAGAGACAACAUCGGCACAACACCAGAGAUAAACCCAGAACUUGAGUCAAGGUGGGCCACGAUGAAUCUUGGUAUCUCCCGCUUCAGAAAGCGUCUUGAAAUCACAUCGCAUACACAUGAACCACCAAAUCUGCCCUCAUCACCGCCACCUGACUCCCCCUCCUCUUCCAGCAAUGAGACUGGGAGUAAAAGCAGCAGAACAAGACGAAAGAGAAGGGGAGUUGGAAUGCCAGGAAUCAUACACACAGAAUCAUCUCUAAAACAAACAAACAAACCAGUGAAUGCUCUCAGUUUGAAGGGUCAAGAUGACAACUCUGGCAACUCAGUAGAGGUCAAAGAGAGAUUAAGAAAAGACUAUAGCCUCCCCACAACUGAAGAAAAGUCAAACCCAGAUACUAUGCUGACUGGUUUUGGUACUCCACAUUUUAGGAGGUACCUGGAUAUCAAGGUCAGUGAAAAGGCUCCUGCUACACCACCAUUACGUUCCACCUCCAGUAGUGAGAAUAAAGAUGUAUCAACACACCAUGCAGGUAAAGGAUGGAGGGGAAGAUCUCAGCUGCCUGUUGUCACUGACAAGGAAGCAUCCCAGAAUCAUACCUCUCUGUAUGUGGGCCAAGCUGUCAAUAUCAAACUGGAUCAGUCCCAGAGUCAGACUGAGGAGGUGGAGAGGAAGGCUGGGGGCGAGCGCAAAAGCCAAACAAAAGUCGGAGAGGAGUCUGACUCAGUGCAGCCUCAUCUGAGACUCACCACUAUCCCCCAUAUCAGAAGGGCUUUGGAUAUCAGAGCACCGUUACAAAGGGAAGCAUCCUCCAGCAGCAACAGUGAGAAUGAGACGAUAGACCAUAGUGUUCCUGACCUGAAUCUUGGUGUCCCACAUGUUAAGAGGUGUCUGAAUGUCAAGGCACCAUUACCAGAAUCAAGUAAUUCCCCAUCUUCCUGCAGCGAGAGCGAAAAUGAGGUGGCAAAUAUGUCAGAUAAUGACUCUCUAAUCACUUAUAAGCGUUUAAUUAUCAAAACUUUAUCACCACCGAGUAAUUCUUCCUCCCCCAGUGGCCAAACUAUACACCAAACAAACCAAAGACAUACAAGGGCUGAAACAGUAACUGUUGCACAAGGUCCAUCCCAUAGUGUGGGAGACAGAAAUGCAUCUCUUGUCCCAAGGAGAGUUCCCAGUAUGAACAUCACCACAAAUGCGGAUCUGCCACCCAAGAUAAGGUGGACUGGUGUUGGUCUUCCGCUGUCUGACCUUUCUAUCUCCAGUCAGAGGAGACAUCAGGAUGUAGGCUUAUCGUCUCCACAGCAGGCUCCACCUGCAGAGCCAGAACUUCCCCCACCUGACUCCUUCAACUCCUCCAGUAGUAAAAGUGAUGAUAAAAUAAAACAAGACAGAGGGAAAGCCGAUGUGACACUAGUGCAUAAAUACUCAUCUCUUAGCACCAAUAGUGUUUCUCUUGCAUCCAGCAGAGCUCUUGAAAAGUUUGACAACUCACCCAGCAGCACAAAUGAGAUUUUGAGGGCUGUAUCUGAGGACAAGAUGGAAAGGAAAGGCCUCAGUGCCCUAAAAGUCAUGUCAUCAGAGAGACGAAAGUGGGACACAGAAGAUGAAAAUUUAGAUAAGGGUGCAUCUCCUCUAUUUGAUGACCAUGGUUCACAAGGUGACACCAGUUUUAACUAUUGCAGGUCUGAGGAGUACAUCAAGUCCCUGGCCAAACAACCACUAACAAAAUUUCUUUCGUAUACUUCAGCAGAUGAGAUAAGAGCUACAGAUUUGUUGUAUGACAUUCCCCGCUACAGGAUGCAUGACAUUGAACAUAUUGAACCACUGCAGGAGGCUCCACCUCCUAUUCCAGCAACACCACCACCAGAUGAGGCAGUAGGGCUUACAUGGAGGUCUCCACAGAGCAAUAAGAAACAAGCAUUGGAAGGCACCAGAUCCUAUCUGCAACAGAGCAGAAACACAGAGGAAUCUGACCCUUCUUCACUUACGUCACAAAACUUGGCAGUCUAUUUUGACUCCUCAAACAUGAACAUUAGUGAUGUUUGAUAAAGAAGUCACUUUUCCUAAACACUGACAAAACAAGCAAAUGAGCAAUGGCAAUGUUUGAUCUUAAAUUGGCCAGUGAAUGACAACUAUUGUGAAUUAUAUUCUAUUUUAUCUAAUUAAGUAUUAAGCUUGAAAUUAAAUGUAAAUACUAAUAAUGUAUUGUGUGGAACUGUUGUAGAGUGUAGUAGAGGAUACCAUGUUUAUCUUUCAGAUUUGCCAUAUUUCUGUAAAUCAUUUUUAAAAAAUCACCCAUCACAAAGAUGUCUUCCUGUAAUGGAUUUUACAAGAAUCCAUAUCAUCUUAAUGGUCAUGCAUUAUUAGUAUACUUAUUAAGAGAUAUUAAUAAAACCAUAUCUCUGAAUUAUAUAAUGCAGAGCUUUCAUUUGUAGCAAUAAGUACAUCUAAAUAAUGACGACAGUAUUACUGACAGUACUUAAUGUUUUUUGUUAUGAACAAACUAUUAACUAAAGAGACCAAAUAUAAGCCAGUAAGUUAAUAAACCCUUUUAUUUAUGUAUAUAGUCAUAGGUUAUAGUGAAAACUGACAUAUAGACACUUACAUAGUUUACAUACAUAUAUACAGUUGGGACAAGGGUGUUCAUCCUCCUGCAUUGGAUGGGAGAAUACUAAAACAUUGAUCUCUACACAGUAUUUGGUAAGCAAUCCAACAACUACUUCAAUCUUAGAUGUUAUGUUGAUGCAUUGUAACGACAAUAGAUGCUUUCAUAUAGUUUCAGCUGCAGUGGAUUUCAAUGACACAAGAGCUGAUUACCUUCACAACAAAUUCCAAUGUGUAUUUUAUGUGUAUCAUGACAGUGUGAUCCAAAAGUUGCAAAACAAGUUAUGCACUUUCAAUAAAUAAAAUUAGAUCCUGUAUACUGGCUGCAGCUACCUAGAGCUUUGCAGCAUGUGUAAGAAUGUGUCAGAUGGAGUAAAUGCAGGAGGGAACUCCUGUUCCACCAUGAGGUUACAGGUGUGUUCCAGGUCUUAAUAGACACAAUCAUGUUGUUCAUCAGAAUUAAGAUAACAUGAUCGUGAAUAUCAAAUUAAGCACAAAACACUUGCACAAAUUCCUGUACAAAACAAAAACGCAUUUGGAAAAUGUUUUCAAAAAAUCUCAUCCAUUCACAAAGGCUCUGUAGGAGCAUGCAUGCAAAUAUUAAAUCUGACGAUUCAGCAUCACACCACAGCCAAAGACAAAAAUUUAUACAUGUGUUACAAGAACAUUAUACUAGGCGAAAAGAACAGCAUAGCAUCAUCACACAGUUCCAAACUGUCAGUGUCCAUUGAUUUGAUUAGAUCCUACAGGUGGUACGAAGCAAUGCUUUCAGCAAACCUACCUUUUUAUUCAAGCCUUAAGGACCUCGUCCUGAGAGGGUCACUGGUCUUCCACUGUAGUUAUAUUAACACUGUCAGUGUUGGGAGAGAUGCUACUAGUAAGAGGAGACCUGAAACUAUCAGUGGACUAAGGAGGACAAAACAGAUGCCACAUAUCAAGACAAAAUGGACACCAACCAGCUCUAUGUCAACUUAUAACACAGCCCAAACAGUCUGAAUUCAUCCUGAAAUAAUCCCUGACCACUCAGUGUGUCUGUGUGUGCAUGAACAUGUGUAUGUGUCUGUUUUAUGUGUUCUCACACGUGUAUAUACAUUUGGGUUUGUUGGUAUGUCUGUGGGACACACAAAGUGACUUCCAUGUUUUGAGGCACAAUAAUACUCUUAUCUACACAACGUAGAUACAUAAAUUGGUCUUCAGACCAAUUAAUGCUGAUCAGAGCACUAGUGGCUCACCGCUGUACUGUAAUAAGAGUUAGUAAGCAGCAAUGCUGAUUUGUUUGGUGUUAUGAGGUCUGAAGCCUUUGCAGGGGGGGAGUUAGCAAACUGUUAGCAUUAGCUGGAGCAAAACAGCAGGAGGGAACAAAAACUGGAGGGGAAAAAAAGAAAAU